CCAUUGAUCCGUCAGACGACGAUCUGUUCCAUCUGUUUGAUAAAUAUCCUACUCCCAUACCAGAUACAUCCACCCCCAUGAUCCCCCCAGUAGGUGUCCAGGCCGUGGCCCUGACCCCAGACUCUGUCAGGGUCAGCUGGGCAGACAACUCCAUGACCAAGAACCAGAAGACCACUGAGGUUCGCUACUACUCCGUCAAGUGGAAGACCAGCUACUCUACUAGUGGGAAGUUCAAGUCUGCAGACACAACAGCCCUCAGCCACUCCGUCACUGGCCUUAAGCCAAACACCAUGUACGAGUUCGCUGUCAUGGUUACCAAGGGCCGCAAGUCUAGCACGUGGAGUAUGACCGCUCAUGCCACCACUUACGAAGCAGCUCCCAGCUCCGCCCCCAAGGACCUGACGGUAAUCAGUCGUGAGGGGAGACCCAGAGCUAUUCUGAUUAGCUGGCAACCCCCCAUGGAGACUAACGGACGGAUCAUGGGCUAUAUCCUGUACUACACCCUGGAUAAGAACAUGCCUAUAGAUGACUGGGUAAUGGAGAGUAUCAGUGGAGACCGUCUGACCCACCAGGUGAUGGACCUGAACCUGGACACAGUCUACUACUUCAGGAUCCAGGCUAAGAAUGCCAAGGGAGUGGGUCCCCUGUCAGACCCCAUCCACUUCAGGACUAACAAAGUGGAACAUCCAGACAAGAUGGCCAACGAUCAAGGUCGCCAUGGAGAUGGCGGCUACUGGCCUUCUGACAACAACCUGAUUGAUAGGAGCAGUUUGAACGACAUUGGUCAGAUGCGUCCUCCUCACGGCAGCGUGACUCCCCAGAAGAACAGCAACCUUCUGGUCAUCAUCGUGGUCUCCGUCGGUGCCGUUACCGUGGUAGUGGUUGUCAUAGUAGCGCUGAUCUGCACCCGGCGCUCCUCCGCACAACAGAGAAAGAAGCGUGCCACCCACAGUACAGGGAAGAGAAAAGGUAGUCAGAAGGACCUGAGACCUCCAGACCUGUGGAUCCAUCAUGAGGAGAUGGAACUGAAGAACAUGGAGAAGCCUGCCAGCGCCGCCCCCUCCGGACGCGAUUCGCCCAUCCAGGGUUCUAUCCAGGAUAUCAGGUCUCAGUCUGUCAGUCACAGCCAAUCAGGGAGCCAGAUGGGCAGUAAGAGCAGCCACUCAGGUGGAGACAACGAUGAGGCUUCCAGCUGCAUCUCAACGUUAGAGCGCUCUCUAGCUGACAGGAGGGCGACACGUACCAAGCUGUUGAUCCCCAUGGACUCUCAGCCUAGCAACACCACUGUUGUCAGUGCCAUCCCAGUGCCAACCCUGGAGGGUAGCCAGUACCCUGGCAUUCUGUCCUCGCCCACCUGCGGGUACAGCCAUGGUACUUUGACCACUCACCCCAAGUUCACCCUGAGACCGAUGCCCUUCCCCAGCCUCACCGUGGACCGCAGCUACACAGCAGCGAUAUCGACAGAGGGCAGCGCCACGCUGGGGGUACAGCAGACCUUGAUCAGCAGCAGUAGCAGUAAGCCAGGUGUAGGAGGUAAAGGGGACCUUUCUCUCCCUGGCACAGAGGAGGUCGGAGGUACCUCGACCCGUACCAUCCCCACCGCCUGCGUCAGGCCCACGCACCCCCUACGAAGCUUUGCCAACCCCCUCCUGCCUCCACCCAUGGGCACCAUCGACCCCAAGGUCUACACACCCAUGAUGCCACAUUCAAGUGCCAGCCUUCCCAAGCCAACAGUAAAAACAGCAUCUCUGGGGCAAGCUGGCAAGGCCAGAUCACCACUACUACCGGUCUCCGUGCCAACAGCCCCUGAGAUGGGUGAAGAAGUACAGAAGCAACCAGAUGACUCAGCCAAUGUUUACGAACAAGACGACUUGAGUGAACAGAUGGCGAGCCUAGAGGGACUCAUGAAGCAACUCAACGCCAUCACUGGCUCGGCCUUUUAACCCCAGCAGCCCUGGCAGAGAGUUCCACCCAGACAGUCCGUCAGACCUACAACGCAGCACAGACAGAGAGAUAGCAGUACCACUAGAAGAAGCAGGAACACAGAAACAAGGGGCAGGGCACAGAGGAGGGGGGCGCAUGGUGCCUGGACCUCAGAAACACAGAUACUUCUCAACAAACCCCCUAUAAUACCAUAACCAACCCACCUAACGGACCUCUCUGUGUCCCUUUAAUACUGUAACCAACCCCCUAUCUGUCCGGUCUGUCCCUCUAUAAUA